AGUCUACAAUGCGCCAAUCAGCCAAAAUUCCCGCCAAGCUCUCGCCAUGGUUUACCCCUCCAUCACCACUCGAGCAAGCGGACCCCAUCAUCGUCUCCAUCUCCGAAGCCAUUGCCAACUCCUCCAGCACCCCUCUCUCCCAUUCCCUCAAGCGCCUUCUCCCCUCUCUCACCACCUCCCACUUCCUCUCCCUCCUCUCCUCCAACCCCCUUUCCCUCCCUCCCUCCUCCCUCCUCUCCUUCUUCCAUUUCCUUCUCUCCCGCCCCCUCUUCCGCCACACUCCCCUCUCCUUCCUUUCCAUGGUCCACCACCUCCUCUCCCACCGCCACUCCUCCGACGCCAACUCUAUCCUCCGCCUUCUUGUUUCCCGCUCUGGCCGCCACUCAGCACCCUCUCUGUUCUCCGCGGCUCUUCAGGUAUCACCUUCCCCUUCCUCCCUCCUCUCCCUCCUCAUCACUUCCUACGCUGAACUCGGCUUCGUUGGGGACGCCAUUCAAUGCCUUCGGCUCACUCGCAAGCACAGUCUCCCUUUGCCAUUGCGUUCGUGUUCCAGCUUGCUUGAGCGUCUGGUGGCCUCUGAUUCCCCUGCCGCCACUUGGUCUUUCUAUUCUGAGAUCCUUGGGUACGGUUUUCCGCCUAAAGUUUCGACCUUUAACAUGCUGAUGCAUUCUUUCUGUAAGGAGGGGAAGAUCCGGGAUGCUCAUCUUAUGUUCGAUGAAAUUCCCAAGUGGGGAGCCAGGCCUACUGUUGUUAGUUUCAAUACUCUGAUCAACGGGUAUUGCAAAAUCGGAGAUUUGGAUGCUGGAUUUGGUUUGAAGUUGAGGAUGCUGGAGCUUGGUGUUCUGCCUGAUGUUUUCACUUACAGUGUUUUGAUUAAGGGGCUUUGCAAGGUCGGGAGGACGGAUGAUGCGAACAAGAUGUUCGAGGAAAUGUGUGAGAGAGGACUGGUGCCGAACAGUAUUGUGUUUACAACGUUGAUUGAUGGGUAUUGUAAGGUUGGGAAAGUUGAGGCUGGGAUGGAGGUUUUUGAAGGAAUGAUGAGGAGAGGAGUUCAGCCAGAUUUGAUAACGUUCAAUGCACUUGUGAAUGGGCUUUGCAAGGUCGGGGAUUUGAGAGAGGCGAAGAAGGUUGUUGAGGUGAUGAUGAGGAAUGGUUUGGAGCCAGACAAAGUGACUUAUACAACACUUAUUGACGGAUGUUGUAAGGAGGGGGAUUUGGAGACAGCUUUGGGUAUCAAAAAGAAGAUGAUAGUCGAAGGGAUUGAAUUGGAUGACGUGACAUUCACAGCACUUAUUUCAGGGCUUAGUAGAGAAGCUUGGGUUGCAGAUGCCGAAAGAACACUACAUGAAAUGGUGAAUGCUGGUAUUGUCCCUGAUGAGGUAACAUAUACCAUGGUGAUUGAUGCCUUCUGUAAAAAGGGUGAGGUUAAGGCUGGUUUUGAAUUGCUUAAGGAGAUGCAAAGCAAAGGGCUUAGGCCUGGUGUAGUCACAUAUAAUGUGCUUAUGAAUGGGCUUUGCAAGCUUGGACAGAUGAAGAAUGCUAAUAUGCUUUUGAAUGCCAUGCUUAAUGUGGAAGUGGUGCCGGAUGAUGUGACCUAUAACAUCCUUUUGGAGGGUCACUGCAAGCACGGGGAUGUUGAGGACUGUGAGAAAUUAAGGAGUGAAAAAGGAAUGAUUUCAGAUUUUGCAGCUUAUACAUCAUUAAUAAAUGAGUCGCUCAAGAAGCAACGGCGUAAACAAAGUAAAUAGGCAGGCAUGGGUUUGUACAUACUCGUUCUUAGGUGUUUGGUUUUUGAAAAGGCUGUUUCAUUCCUUGAUUUUAUGGAGUAUUAGAUAUAUAAGAGAAAAAUGUUUAUAUACAAGCCUUAUGAAGCUUAGUACAAUAUCUGUUGGAGAUGCCAUAUUCACAUCACAACUACUCCUAAAGCUAUUUAGAUGUCUAGUGUGCCAUGUGUAGAGGCCAUAUCAUCCUUGCAAUGGUGAAGUUUUAACCAUCACAUGGAGGACAUCAUGCUCAGGUGGCUUGAGGAGGAUCAAUAAAUUUUAUCUAGAAUCAGUUACUUCGCUGAAUUAAAAUAUCUUGUUAAGAUGCCCAUAGAUUCUUCAAAGACAAUUUGAUUUCUCUUGCUUCAUCAUCUGGUUGUUGUUUAUUACAUAGAGAGACUGCUGGGUAGCUUUAUAUGGGCAUUGUCAGAACAGCAGAAUAUGUUCUCCCAUGACUUUAAAUCCAUGGAUGACCAUGUGAAAACUGAAACAAAUGACAGUCAUUGGGCUAUUAUGGAUAAGUUCAAACUAUGGACCUCUGUAACAUUAGAGAAGAAAAGAUGUCGCUCAGAGUGGUGAAGAUUGUUGUUGAAAAGUCCUCAAAACUGAAUUCUUUAUAUUUGUGCCAUAGAAAUUUGGUUCAUCCAUGAGCAUGGAGUUUUAAAGGCACAGUUAGUAAAUCAAAUCACAAAUCCUGAAGCAAAUGCAGUUCAAGUAAAGUCUGUAUGCAGUGAAGGAUUUAUCUGAAAUUUGAGGCCUGUAUGAACAAAAUAAUAAGGUGCCAAAGUAAUACCGGUAAAGUUUGAUUGGUUUGGAGUUGAAUGUAUAUGCAGAUGCUUAUAUUAUCAGAGCAUUUCUACUUUUUCAUACCAGAAUGCAGGAGACUUAUGUAUAGUUAAGAACAGUCACAUGUGCUAAUUCAGGAUUAAAAUGCAAA